AUGAGUGGUAUCGCUUCUACAGACAGGUCUCUGCAAUGGUCUAUCCGACAGCUCAUUCGUACCCUGCGGGUCGAGAAAUCGUACCCUGAGCCUAUAGAGAAGAGCGUUCGGUUGGAAAGAAUUGCCUGCGCUCAAUACCACUUCUCCGUUGAUCCUUACAACCUGCCAUUGUACAUCUUCGCUGCAGCCGAAUAUCUUGGCUUAGGAUACCCCGACCUCGCCGCCGGUGCUGCAUACAAGGCAAUGCUAUUGUCGGAUGCUCUAGAUGACGAAGCGGACGAGUAUCAUGAAGUGGCAGAGGAAUCUCUCAAAUUCUCCAUCCAGCAAAUCGUACUCGUGGACCGAAUUAAGCUCAUCAAGUCGGCAAUGGAAAUUGACGAAAACGGUCCUGUUGACGCUGCGAGGGAUUCUACCCUCGACAUUGAGCUAGACCUGUGGCUGGAGAGCCACUACAACAUCAUUCUCUACCGGCUGUUGACACGAAGUUUGCUACUUUGUGGCUGCCUUCAUACAGCUUACAGAUAUUGCUCGAGAGGAUUGCGGAGCUACAAAGACCCGGARCUGCAAAGCAUCAGACAGGAUAUCAUUGAUGAGGCUGCCAAAUGCAGCGAUGGAUCUCCGAUAUGGAAUGAUUCGCCUAGCAUGUGGCCCGACGAGGGAUAUGUCCGCAGAGAGCACUACCCAUGGAAUACCCACGAGCCGGACCGCCUCAAUGCCCUGGACGACUUGAACGAUAUGAUGGCAGACGUGUCAGAUAAGCUUGAAGUGCGGGCUGUUCAGCUGCCCGUACUCAAUGGCGACCCCAGGGAGAUGGUAACGCAACUUGGUGUGUUUGCCAAGGAGGACAUCCAACCUGGUGAUGUGAUUCUCGAGGAAAUUUCCCUUCUCACAGCAAACAACAAGCUCCAGGACGCCCUCUGUGAUGCUUGCAGCGGCGACCUUCCGUCGCUGAAUAGCCCCGAGUACAAGUCGGUGGUAGCCUGUCCCAUGUGCGAGGUCGUUUUCUGCAGCGAAUGGUGCUACGAAGCUGCAUGCGAUUCAUACCACGCCUCCCUGUGCGAGAAGGAUGUUGAGUCAAUCGCAAAAGAUGUCCCACCAGCAGAGGCCGCAGACUCGCUGUACUCUCUACUCCUUCUUCGAGCCCUAGCCAUGGCAAACUAUGCAGAGUGGCAUCCGCUCGACUUGCCAGAUGUAAAGUUCAUAUGGGGAGAUCUGAGUCCUGAACACACUGUAGGAACACCAUACACCGAUUUUCACAGCCCGGACUCCUGCACAGUACCCAGAAGACUACCGUUCAGCUUUGAAUAUAACAUCAGGCUCCCGUUCCACAUGCUCGAGAAAAUGGAUAUUGACAUUUUUGUCAACCCGCAGUAUGAUGUCUGGGUGUUCAACACUCUCUACGCCAAGUUCCGCGGCACUGCUUCCGCUCGACUGUCUGGGCUAGGCGGCCGAGCAAUUCGUGGUCCGGAAGUCUCCGCGGUACAUCCAAUGUGGUGUCUUGCGAACCACAGCUGCGAUCCGAAUGUACGAUGGGAAUGGGGCGGGAAUGUCAAAUUUUGGGCUAGAGAAGAGAGAGUUGCGUGGAAUGGACGUGAUGGCAAGGUCAUCAAGUCCACUGUUAGAAUCAAGAAAGAUGAGGAGGUACUGAACCACUACUGUGAUAUUGAUCUGCCAGUCAAAGAGAGGAGGGAGUGGGCACAUGGUGCCCUGGGAGGAGACUGCAUGUGUCCAAGAUGCGUGUGGGAGAGCGCCGAGGGAGAGGCAGCAGGGCGCAAGAGCUGA